CAUCUCUCUGGCACAGUAGCAGAACAGGUUUGUGUGUUAACUUAGCUUUCCUAUAAGGGGCAGGAACACCUGCUGCAGCUCCGUUAGUUCAGAGGAGAAGGCAGGACGCUCACCGUUGACUCUCUGGGUGAAGGAACAGGCAGAGAUGGCUGCAACCACCGCUCAGCCAAUGGGGAGCCUGCCCAGCGGACUGGGGAUAUGCACCACGGCCCCGGAUAUAUUUUACCUGCCUGAACUGGUGUUUGGCGGUCUGGUUUGGAUCCUGGUAGCGUCGACCCACGUGGACCCACCAAACCCUCUGGGCUGGGUGAUGUUCGUCUCCGUCUUCUGCUUCGUCCUGACCUUCCUCUGGAUGAUCAUCUUCGCUGCCGACGGCCAUAAGAGCGGCUCCGCCUGGGCUGCCGCUGACUUGGCUUACCACGGCCUGGCAGCGUUCUUCUACCUCAGUGCAGGUGUGGAUUUGGCUUACAUCACCUUCUUGAAUAAAGCAGGCGAAUUAAGAAUCUACCAGAUUGACAUCGCCGCUGUGGUGUUCGCCUACGUGGCCACGCUGCUCUACUUCAUCCACGCCAUCCUCUCCGCCAUCCGAUGGAAAACCUUCUGAAGAGCGACGCUGAUCCACAAACCUGUGUGUCCAAGUGGUCCUGUGUGAAUGUGUGUGUGUGUGUGCGCUUGUGUGUGUACAGUGGAAUUAUUCAGUCUGCUCGGAUUAACAAUGAAGGAUUUAAACCCCAUUUUGGGACAUGUGAUAAUGUCCAGUGAAGGUAUUGAGUAGAUGGAGAUUUGUGAUGAAGAACAAAGAGGAAGAAAAAAAGAAAACAUUUAACGCAUGCAGGCAAAAACAAAGUUGAACAAUAGAAACAAGAGCUGCAAACUAGAAAUGUCAUCCUGUUUGUUCUAAUGAAAACAAAUGAAAUGUAUAAUUUACAGUCUAAAACUGGUCAAAGUGCAGUCGCUCUGUGACGCAGCAGCUCAGUGUUUUCUUAUUUUUACCAGACGACACUUUGAGCCAAUGGUCAUUUAUUACAUGUCAUAUUUACCUGACUAACAGACCUUUGUUUCUCUGCAGUGACUAUAAAGAGUUAGUUGCUCAUUUUUAGAUUUUGUAUUUUCUGUCAUAUAGAAUUUAACAUCAGAAAAUGAUCAGCACUUAAAGGACGGUGAAGUGUAUUUUUAUAAGACCUUCCUAUGAAAUUUACAGUUGAUAAAUAGUAAAUAAUUUUUUGUAUUCUCGAGAUUAAAACAAGAUAUAGGUGUAAA